AUGAGUAUGCACGUGGUGGCGGUGCAUGGAUGCCAGAUGGUGAACAUAUUCAGCCACACAUCCACCUUGUGCACAAAUGAUGACAAAGGCCAAGUAUGUAAAGUGCAAGUGUCUGAAGUGCUCAAGCUGAACCCGUUCAAAAGGGAAGCCUGUUUCAAGCUAAUGCAAAAUGAAACAACAAUCCACCAAAUAAGAGCUUCCUGGAAGAACUUACUUCUCACUUGCGAAAAGGUCACGGACUAUUUCACUCGCGAUACAAGCUACGAGAUCAUAGACAGUAAACGCUGUCCGCAUGUAGGGUCGUGUGUGGGAAGUAAGUGCGCUCGGAUAAACAGUACAAGUCUCAUACCCGAACUCGCUGUGGGGAACGGGUAUCCAGGAAACACGUACUGCGUUGAAUCCUGUGGCGGCCCGGGAUGUGAUUGUUUUUACUGGAGCUCCGGAUGCCUCUUCUAUCGGAUUUACUUGAAGCCUGUCUCUUCAACAGUGUUUGAGGUCUUUCACUGUAAUCGAUGGGCACAGACAGUGGCCAUUGAUUUCACCCAUUUCGACGCCCAAACUGGGAAGACAAACGAGUUCACAGCUCUAAUGCUCCCUAACGUACCAAUCCGAUGGGAAAGCUUUUCUCUCACACUCAGCUCUGUAAGUAUGGCCCCAAUACCUUUGCUCCAGUCUUCAUUCAUAUCGAAUGGCAAUAACACAGCUCUCUGGGAUAAUCAAGUAAAGCCCGCUCUACGCUGUCCCACAAGUAAAGCCGCAAGAACACUACGGUGUGAAAUAUUUGAGCAGUGUACGUGUAAUCCCGCCGAAACAAAGGCCAAUUGUAAUUGCCUGAAUGUGCCGAUACUAAAGCAGUUCGAGGACUUGCAACGACGAAUGCCCGUAAUUUUACCAUCAAUAACAUUUGAGGAAUCAAUCCAUGGCGUCAAAGCAAGCGUUCAGAACAUGCUUUCGACAGAAAUAAUCGUAACUCUACAAGAAGAUUUACGCACUAACCUCGUCGUAGACAACGACAUAUGUACGGUAGAAAACACGCAAUUAAUAGGAUGCUAUAAUUGCGAAAAGGGAGCCCACGCAAAAAUCAAGUGUUUCGCCUCUAGGUCAAGCAAAGCAGAGAUCAUCUGUGAAGGAACAAGUUUCACGGCUCCGUGCGGCAAACGGGGGAUUGAGUCAGUCAUGAGAAUUAGUCCUACUCAAGCGAUGGUCCGCAUGAAGUGUUCGGUCUCAUGCGGAGAGGUGGUUACCACGUUUGAAGUUGGAGGAAUCCUCAAAUAUACAGCAACUUUCGAAACAGUGCUGUACAAGUGGCUUACGAGCAACAGCAAAAGCGCUCCAGCGGAAAUCCAGUGGCCCGACUUCUAUCAUCUAUUUGACGUACUCAGCCAAUGGUAUAAAACGGUACUCAUAGCAGGAAUCACGCUCAUCGCUAUGCUAGGAAUAACCUAUGCGCUAAUUUCGACCUGCGGCCUCAGAUGCGUCGUCAUUCUAGCAAAGCUGAUAAUCAAACCAAUACGAACAUUCUACAAACUGGCGUGGAGGUUAUGCUUUGCGAUCAUGCGCAGUCUUAUGACAAAGUCCAGAAGCAAAAUUGCGACAAAACUAAAACUCUGA